AUGGCUUUGUACAAUUCAGUUAAACAUAUCACAAGCACUAUUCUGAUUAUUCUCAUUAAUAUCUUCCUUGUUGAAGCAACUUUCACUAAUGUCACCUCUACCAAAAAAAAAUCUAGUUCACUCUGUGUCGAAAAUGAGAAGAAAGCACUUUUGAGUUUCAAGCAUGACCUCGUCGAUCCCUUGAACAUGCUGGCUUCUUGGGUUGCCAAUGGAGAUGACUGCUGCAAAUGGACUGGGAUAGUUUGUGACAACACCACAGGCCAUGUCGAACAACUUCUCCUUGCUAAUCAUCUUUAUGAUCAAAAUGGUGCACUAAGUGGCAAGGUAAAUCCUUCCUUACUCAAUCUGUCAUAUCUAACUCACUUAGACCCGAGCUACAAUAACUUUGGGGGGACUCAAAUUCCUAGUUUCUUUGGUUCUUUGACGAGUUUAAAAUAUUUGAACCUCACCCAAGCAGGAUUUGAGGGAAAAAUCCCCCACCAACUUGGAAAUCUGUCAAGUUUGAGUUAUCUUAUUCUUCAAAGUAAUUAUGAAGAUGUUUAUAAUCCUGGAGAUCUAUAUGUUGAUAACCUUCAUUGGCUCUCUAGUCUUUCUUUAGUUGAAUAUCUAGAAAUGAAGGCAAAUUUUAGUGCAGCUACUGAUUGGCUACUCUCAAUAAACAAACUCCCCUCUUUGUUGGAAUUACAUUUGUCAUUGUGUGAACUCAGAAAUAUCCAUCCCAUAUCUCAUGUCAAUUUUUCAUCUCUAGAGGUACUUGAUAUUUCAGAGAAUGAUUUCCAAUCUUCGUUAAUACCAAAUUGGAUUUUCAAUCUUACUGGGCUUGUGCAUCUUGAUCUUGGAAGAAGCUAUUGCCAAGGUUCUCUUCCCAACUGUUCCAAGAGCUUACCUUCUCUAAAAUACGUGGAUCUUUCUCAAAGCAAUCUGAAUUCUUUACCAGAUUGGUUUUUCAAUCUUAAAAACAUGGUCCAUCUUACACUUAGUGACAAUGCUUUUGACGCUUCCAUUAUGUGCCAUUUCCACAACAUGACCUUUCUAAAGGAUCUUGAUCUUUCUGGUAAUUACUUCUCUUCUACCACCCCAAGCUGUGUUUAUAGUUAUCACAGUCUUGAAUAUUUGAGCCUUCGCUUCAAUGACUUGCACGGAGACAUAUCAAGUGCCAUUGAAAAUCUAACAUCUUUGGCCAAUCUUGACUUGUCACACAAUGCUUUAGAAGGGAAAAUACCAGUAUCUAUGGGAAACUUGUGCAAUUUACAAAUUAUUUGGUUGAAUAAUAACAAACUCAAAGGAGAAAUUUCAGAAGUUCUUGAAAGUUCGUUCGGUUGUGACCCAAAGAGACUUACAGUUCUGAAUUUGGAUGAAAAUUUCUUUUCUGGUGAACUCAGAGAAGACAUCAUUGAGAAGUUUCAAAAUCUUAGAGUUCUUUGUCUUAAAGGAAAUAUGCUUUCAGGUCCCAUUCCUGCUUCUAUUGGAAAACUAUCAGCAUUGGGAUAUCUAAGCAUUGGUGGUAACCAAUUCAAUGGUUCUCUUCCAGAAAGCAUAGGAUCUUUAUCUAGUUUAAAUACUCUUCAUAUUUUUGACAAUCUUUUGGAAGGUAAUGUCUCUGAAAUUCACUUUGUCAAUUUAACAAAACUGAUUGAGUUCUAUGCUUCUGGAAAUUCAUUGAUGCUAAGUGUGAAACCUGAUUGGAUACCACCCUUUAGAAUUUCAACAUUGGACUUAAGAUAUUGGAGCUUAGGUCCUCAAUUUCCAAGGUGGCUAAAAUCACAAAAUAACUUUCGUCACAUGGACUUGUCCCAAACUGGAAUUUCAGAUCCCAUUCCAGCUUGGUUUUGGAACUUAUCAACUAGCUUUUCCUACUUGAAUCUCUCUCACAACCAAAUAAAUGGGCGAGUUCCUGAUAUGCAUUUUAAUUCUAUUAUUCCUUCAAUGAUAUACCUGAGUUCCAAUAAGUUUGAAGGCCCUUUACCUCAAAUAUCUUCUUUCGUUGCAGAACUAGACCUUUCUAGAAACAAUCUAUCAGGCGAUUGGUGA